CUGGUGACUGAGCGCGCUCAUUCAGUUCUGUUCAUCAUGAGUGCUAGACGGGGAUCGUGUAAGACCAGGAGUCCUGACUCUUCAGAACCUGCGACGAGGACCCGGCAGAAGCAAGUACCUCAGCCAAGAUGCCCAGCAGCAGAUAAGGGCAACGGAACCAGAAGAGGAGCAAACAAACAGGAUCAGGAAAAAGAGAAGCAGAGUGAGAAGCCACGUGUGGAGCAGAGGGAAAAGACUACCAAAUGCUUCAAAGAAAGGGCGGGAAACUCUACUGAAGGUACCGUGGCUUCAAUUGCUCCAACCACAACUAAAUCCACUAAAAAGUCUGAAAAGAAGACUAAGAAGGAGGACCAUAACUCUGUUGGAGGUGCAGUGAAGAGCCCAGAAACUACUAGAAGGGUCAAAACACCAGAAGAAGCCGAACAGAAAACACUGAAGGCAAAGUCUAAGAGGAAAGAAGAAACCUCGAGUGAUAUGAAGGAAGUAUCUUUAGAAAUUUGCAUAGUGGAGUCAGGGAAAGGAAACAAUGAAAGAAAAGCUCCUAAAACUAAAGCAGAAAGAAGCAACAAAGAAGAACCAAAAGAAGACCCAAAGAGAGGCAAAAAGACCGUAGCGGCUUCUGAAGAGGACAAGGUGGCCUUUAUCCUCAGGGAAACCCUGAACAAAAUUAGGUUAAAAAUGAAAGAGAAAGUCAACGUGUCAAAAGUAAUCAAUGACAUAAAAAAAGACAUUAUUAAACAUUUAAAAGAGAAAACCCAGCUUUUCAAAGAAGUACAGGAGCCACUGAAUACUGGGAGCUACUAUGAAAACACAAAGAUUUCUAACCCUGAUGAGUUCGAUGUUAUGCUGUCCCUGUUGGUGGAAAGAGUUCACAUCGAACCAUUCAAGGAGGAUGGAGCCUUUUAUAAGGUGGCUCUAAAACGUGGCAACAAUCCACUGAAGGCCUUACAGGAGGAGUUUUUACCCGCAAACAAAAUACUGACAGAGUUCAGGAAGGAGGUGACUAAAUUCCUGAAGGAUUUUAAAGGCUGGGAAAUGACACCAACCAAGCGAGGCUGCCCUGCUGUGACCCUGAUCACUAAGGUCGAGUCCAUCGAGGUUUCCCUGGACUUGGUCCUCUGCCUUCAAGUCAAAUCCAGCUGGCCGGAUUUCACCAAAGAUGGCUUUAAGAUAGAAAAGUGGCUUGGGGGAAAAACAAGACAGGAACACAGACGAAAACCAUUUUAUCUUGUCCCAAAAUAUGAAGGAAAGGGCUCUGUGGAACAUGACGGGUUUUUAAAUAAAGACGGCUGGCGGAUUUCCUUCUCGCACAUCGAGAAAGAGAUUUUACUGAACCACGGAUCGGUAAAGACGUGCUGCGAAAAGGAUGGAGAAAGCUGCUGCAGGAAAGCGUGUCUGAAGCUCCUAAAGUGUCUGCUGCAUCUCCUGAAAGAGAGCGACUCUUCCCUUGAAGAAGUCUGUUCCUAUCACGCCAAGACAACUCUAUUCCACGCCUGCUGUGACCGCACCAACGACAGCGACUGGAAAGCCUCAGACCUCCGCAGCUGCUUCCAGCAGUUCCUGCAGGACUUUGAAGGCCACCUGAAUGAUGGCAAACUCCAGAACUUCUUUGUUCCUGGACAGAACCUGCUUCACGGCAUUCGUAAGACAACUUUAUAUAACCUCGCCGAGCAGAUAAAGGAACAGCGAUUAAAUGGGUUUCCAAUUUUUAGCAAAAGGUUUUAAAUGAAGUAAGCCAAGUUUUGUUUUCAGCACUAGUGUAAACAUUCAAAAAGAGCAAGAUACUAGUUGUUUUAACAUUAAUAUUUUAAAAAAAUGUUUAUUUUAUACGGUUUUUAUUUAAAGAAUUCAAAUCAAACUGUUGAUAAACACUUAAAUCAAGUCACUUUGUUUUUUUCUUUGUUUUCAAAAUGAAACGACUUGUGAUUAACUUACAUGAAAUAAAACUUAAGUGUAAAACCUUUUUCAUUGCUGAACA